GGAGGGGAUACGGAAAUUAAACCCUUUAAGUCAAUGCAUAUUGUGGUGACACCGGCACAGGAGCCCUCACGGUGGAGUCGGCCAGGGCUGUGCGUUCCCAAAAUAUGACCAGGGGUGCUUGGAUGUGUCGGCAGUAUGACGACGGCUUAAAAAUCUGGUUGGCAGCACCCCGGGAGAACGAGAAACCGUUCAUCGAUUCAGAACGGGCUCAGAAAUGGCGACUGUCUCUGGCUUCUCUCUUGUUUUUCACAGUCCUGCUCUCUGAUCACUUGUGGUUCUGCGCCGAGGCCAAGCUGACCCGGACCCGGGACAAAGAGCAUCACCAACAGCAGCAGCAACAGCAGCAACAGCAGCAGCAACAGCAGCAACAGCAGCAGCAACAGCAGCAGCGACAGCAGCAGCGGCAGCGACAGCAGCAGAGGCAGCGACAGCAGGAGCCCUCCUGGCCCGCGCUCCUGGCCAGCAUGGGGGAGUCCUCGCCCGCCGCCCAGGCACACAGACUCCUCUCCGCCUCCUCGUCCCCCACCCUGCCCCCCUCCCCGGGAGGCGGCGGCGGCGGCGGCGGCAGCAAGGGCAACCGAGGCAAGAACAACCGGAGCAGGGCUCUUUUUCUAGGAAACUCUGCCAAGCCGGUGUGGCGCCUAGAGACUUGUUACCCCCAGGGCGCCUCCUCCGGCCAGUGCUUCACCGUGGAGAGCGCGGACGCUGUAUGCGCCAGGAACUGGAGUCGGGGGGCGGCCGCGGGGGAGGAGCAGUCGUCCAGGGGCUCACGGCCAACUCCGUUGUGGAACUUGUCGGAUUUUUACCUUUCGUUUUGUAAUUCCUACACACUUUGGGAGUUGUUUUCGGGGCUGUCCAGCCCCAGUACUUUGAACUGCAGUCUGGACGUGGUGCUCACGGAGGGCGGUGAGAUGACCACGUGUAGACAGUGCAUCGAAGCUUACCAGGACUACGACCACCACGCUCAGGAGAAGUACGAAGAGUUUGAAAGCGUGCUGCAUAAGUACUUACAGUCGGAUGAGUACUCGGUGAAGUCCUGUCCUGAGGACUGCAAGAUUGUCUACAAAGCCUGGCUCUGCUCCCAGUACUUUGAAGUCACACAGUUUAACUGCAGAAAGACCAUUCCUUGCAAGCAAUAUUGUUUGGAGGUGCAGACGAGGUGUCCGUUCAUAUUGCCCGACAAUGACGAAGUCAUUUACGGAGGCCUCUCCAGCUUCAUCUGCACAGGGCUCUACGAAACCUUCCUAACCAAUGAUGAACCCGAAUGCUGUGACAUCAGGAGCGAGGAGCAAUCCGCACCCAGACCCAAAGGAACCGUGGACAGAAAAGACUCCUGUCCCAGGACGUCGCUCACAGUGUCCUCGGCCACGAGACUGUGCCCCGGCCGGCUGAAGCUGUGUGUACUCGUCCUCAUUCUCCUCCACACAGUGCUCACGGCCUCCGCAGCGCAAAACUCCACGGGGCUGGGCCUGGGUGGCCUCCCCACGCUCGAGGACAACUCCACCCGGGAGGACUGAGCGCAGCCAGGCGCGUGCGCAGAGUGCAGGGCUGGGCAGGGGCAUGCACUUGCACAGAGCAGCAGUGACCCACCCGGGAUGCUCACCUGCUGCAGCCCGGGAACUGAACCCACCCGGGUGCUCUACCCUUGGACUUCUCGCAAGGCCUGUGGGUAACAUUCAACAAGAUGGGCCCGAUCCCCAACAUGGACACAGCCGCAGCUUUUUACCUACUAAGAGGCUGCAAGUGACUCAGUUUCUCACACCAUUUUAUACACUGUGUUUUAACGUUUGGAGGUUUUCUUUGCUUUCGGUUCAGUUUGGGUUUAUUUUCCGUUUUUAAAUUUUUUUUAAUUUUAUUUUAUUUUUCUGCACUUGUUAAUGCAGGAUUUCUUUGGGGGUAAACUAAGUCUCUCCACUGUCUAUCUAUCGAUUUCUAGUCAUCGUGUGUCCAUCAGAUAAUUCUGUCUACGUCCUGUCAGUUUCUAAUAGAGGAAUGACCGCUAUAACCUCACGGUGUAGCAAAAAAAACAACAACAAAAAAAAUAAUAAAAAACACAAAAAAAGACAAAAAAAGAAAACAACAAAAAUUAAAAAAAAAAAAAUCCCUAAGCCUCCUUCCAACCCAUGGACGCCACGCCCUGCAGGCCCUGCUGGCCCUCGCCUUCUUCUGUCCCUAAGCAGACAACAUCCGCUUGCUUCUGUCUGUGUCUCGCAUGGUGGGUGUGUGUCCUGCACAAGCCCGAGCAGAGGGAGCCAGGGGCCUAUCAGUUCCUCUGGAUGAUCCAACAGAGUGCUCAGAGUCAGGCAGUUCACAGUUUUAUGUGGAAAACACACACACACACACACACACGCAUAAUAAAAGUGAAACACGCUCCCGUGGACAAGUCGCUCUGGUGCCCAUCCCCGGUUCUUUCUUCCUGGCCAGGCAGACAGGAGCGGCCCAUGGCCCACUGACCGCGAAGUGCGGGCAAGCAGCCCCUCUUCAACACUGGGCGCUUGACUCCGCUGAGUGAUGGGAGCAGAGACCAAGAACGCAAAUCCAGACUUCUGUUCCUCCCCUAUCAUGAUGGUGGAGGGAUUCUAGUAUACAGAAUAUGUACCAUUUUAUCCCAGCAUUGCCCCCCAGCAUAGGGUUCCAGAUUCUUCCAGGAAUAAAAUGUAUACAGCUCUGCAUUAUCACAGAGGAAAAUCUUUUUAAAACAAUCAACAGAUCAGCCGUUUUUACCACAGUGCAAAGCGUCCUCACUCCAGCAAGCUCUAGGCGGCUGAGAAAAAAAGAAGUCUUAUCACUGUUCGUUUUUCCUUUUCUUUUUCUUUGUGGGAACAUUUCACCUGCUGAGUGUAUAUGAAUUUGCUUUCUAAAAAAAGGCUUUUAUGGGUUUACAGUAGGGCCAGUGGAAGGGAGAGUUAAUAAGGGCUGUUUUUACAAAACAAACAAACAAAACUAAUAAUUUAAAAAAAAAGACACUUCACAUUCCUUCCUGUUCUCUGACUGCACUUGGGAAGUGCACUUCGGGUGGGUUUGCUGUGUGGCUGAGAGAUGAAGGAAACCCAUAGACAAGGUCCUCCUAGUGAACAAAAUUUAGUUGUUAACUUUAUAGCUAUAAAACUCCCCCAGGCAUUUGUUUUUGUUCAGACAGAUCUAUCCUCUGCAUCAUGCUUAACCCUGCGACAUGCGUACAGUAUGCAUAUUUUGUUUUGAAUAAAAUGUUUUGUUCCAGUCUGUUAAGAAUAUUAAAAAAAAAAUAAUAAAGGUAUUGCUUAAUAAAAUUGCUAGAAUUGUUUAGCAGUACAUGCACAAAUAUUUUACUAGAUUCUUUGUUUUACUAGUGUUUUGUUGAGACUGAAAACCCUAAAAUGGUCUGCAUAAAUACAAAAAGAA